CCAUGGCAAGUCCUAUCAUGGGAAAGAGCAGAAGCAACCUCCAAAACUCAGCUGCUCAGCCAAGUGAGAUGUCAGAGAACUUGAUCUUGAAGCGAGAAAUUGGCUUGACCAGUGCUAUCUCACUCGUAGCUGGAACUAUGAUUGGAUCAGGUAUUUUUAUGUCACCAGAGUGGGUACUGCAUAACAUAGGGAGCCCUGGUGGUAGCCUCAUUAUAUGGGCAGCCUGUGGCUUGGUGGUCAUCUUUGGAGCUCUUUCCUAUGCUGAAUUGGGAAUUUUAAUCAAAGAAUCGGGGGGUGACUAUAUUUACAUCCUGAGGACUUUUGGGUCUCUUCCAGCUUUCCUUUUUGCAUUCACUUCAAUCAUUGUGGUAAGGCCUGCUGGCGUGGCAGCCGUCUCACUGAGCUUUGCAGAGUAUGCUCUGGUGCCAUUUUAUUCUGGCUGCUCCCCUCCACAGGUCAUGAUCAAAUGCAUGGCUAUAAGCUGCAUCCUCUUCCUGACGUUGGUCAACUGCCUUAGCGUCAGGUUAGCCAUGUCCAUGAUGAACAUAUUUACAGCUGCCAAGUUCUUUGCACUGUUGGUUAUCGCAGUGGGAGGAUUAGUUCUGCUUGCUCAGGGGCAAACCCACAGUUUCCAAGAUGCUUUUCAAAACACCAAUAUGGAGGCUGGAGCUAUUGGAAUUGCGUUUUAUCAAGGUCUCUGGUCAUUUGAUGGAUGGAACGUCUUGAACUCAGUGACUGAAGAAAUUAAAAAACCUGAAGUGACUCUGCCAAGGGCAUUGAUGAUUGCUAUACCUCUGGUGACCUGCUUUUUUUUGCUAGUAAAUGUGAGCUAUUUUGCAGCCAUGACUUCUGUUGAUUUUCUGACUUCGGGUACAGUUGCCAUUACCUGGGGAAAUAAAGUCCUGGGCAACUGGGUAUGGCUGAUGUCAUUGGCAGUUGCUCUUUCUUGCUUUGGAUCAGUUAAUGGAACGUUCUUUUGUGGAAGCCGGGUAUGCUACAUUGCAGCAAGAGAAGGCCAUAUGCCCGACUUUCUAUCUAUGGUUCAUAUACGUUAUUUUACACCUUUUCCUGCUCUCAUAUUUACUUCUGUGGUGUCCAUAAUAAUGGUAAUACCUGCAAGUUUCAACAAGAUAGUGAACCUUUUCAGCUUUACAACUUGGAUUUUCAACGGGAUAAGUGUUGCAAGUCUCCUGUAUUUAAAGAUUAAGAAACCAGAACUCCCAAGAUCUUACAAGGUACCAAUCAUCAUACCAAUCAUUUUUCUGAUGAUAUCCAUCUACCUGGUACUGACACCCAUCAUUGACCAGCCACAGCUUGAGUUCUUCUAUGUUAUACUCUUCAUCCUCAGUGGUAUCAUAUUUUACUUCCCCUUGGUUCAUUACAAGUAUUGCCCUGCCUGCCUACGAAAAUUAACUGUUUAUAUGCAGAUUUUAAUGGAAGUUGCAGCAACUGAAAAGGACAUGAAGUGAAUUCAUAUUCAUAAAGUUGCCUUGGCAAAUGUUCUAAUUAUCUGUAUAGUUCUGAUCUGUACAGAGACGAGGGUACAGCUUUUCCUGAUCAUAUUUCAGAAACAUUUUGAAAAUGGAUCACAAUUGUUCCUAUCUCUAUCUAAUUGGGGGUAGGAGGAGAAAGAGAGGAAGUUGUCAGAAUGCUCUUUUUAUAUUUAUUGUUUGAUUUGCUUUUUAAAUUUCUUUCUUAAAAUUUUUUAUACAUACACAUUUUUUCUUUUUGAUUUUGUUGCUUGAAUAUCUUACUUUAACUAAUAAAAAAGAAAAGAGGUUAAAAAAAAUCAAUACAUUUUUAGAUUGCUUCCUUUUCAACAAGAAAUAAUGUAUAGAAAUGACCAUAUUGCAUUUAUGUUGUUGGAAAUGCAGUGAAAUUAUCACUUUAUUUAAACAUUCUGUCUUGUUCCAUUUUGGUAAGAACCGAUUACGUAUAUUAACUCAGCUUGAGAUUUAUCUCAGUCAUGGGAAUUGACUUUGGACAGAGAAAAUAAACACAAAAUCAAAUGACUUAUUGUUCAGCAUUGGAUCACAAAUAUAUAUGAGUUCAACUUUUUAGCAGUUUGAAACAUUAAUCAAUAUAACUAGAGCAUGGAUGGCUGUAAUGAAUCAUGGUUUCAAUUUAUUAAUAUAUGUUUGUCCACAAAUAUGCAUUUUGUAAG